AUGAUCCCGCUUCUGUUCCUGGUGCUGUUCGCGGAGGGCGCGGUGGCGCUGCUGCUCAUGGUCAAGAUCGGCCCGCUGCGGGAGCUGGCGAUGCGGGGCGUGGAGCAGGUCAAGACCGGCAAGGGCCCCGCCACCGUCAAGACGCUCGCCUGCACGCUCUCCGUCAUCCUCAUGUCCAGCGUCGCCGCCAUCGUCAGGAUCCAGAACAGGGGCCACAAGAUCGGCAACGUCAGCCCCAUGGACCAGGUGCUCUGGCGGACGCACCUCCUCGAGGCAUCGCUCAUUGCAGGAUACACACUAUUCCUCGCGUUUGUCAUCGAUCGGUUGCACCACUACCUUCAGAAGCUCAUCACCCUGAGGAAAUCAGCCAACAUCUCCAGGGAAGAGGUCGAGAAGCUCCAAAUGGAGAACCGGUCCUUGCGCGAGAAAGAGGAGAAGUCGGCCAGCGAGAUGAAGAAGCUUCAGCAGGACAUGGCCAAGCUGAGCGAGGACAUGAAGAAGCUGAAAUCCGAGUCCGAGGAUCACCAGAGGAAAGCGUCUGAUGCGGAGGCCCACGUCAACGCGCUGCAGAAGCAGUCGGAGGAGCUGCUCCUUGAGUACGACCGGCUGCUGGAGGACAACCAGAUCCUGCAGUCCCAGCUUCACUACAAAGGCUGA